GCAGUAUGAAGUUGAUGCUGAUGGUGCGAAAGACCCAGAAAGACCGUUUAUGUUGAAAAUGACUAGUUGGAAAUAAUUUUAUGAUGAAGUUUAAAGAUUGAAAGUUGUGUUAACAAUUGUUGGGUGUUUACAUUGAAUAAAAGUUCUGAAGCACUGACUUUGAAAACUCUUUAGCCGGUGCUGUGCGUUACAAAAUGCGAGAGAACAUGGCUCUGGCAUGGCAGCCUCAAGAGGAAGGUUUAAGGGAAAUUUUAAAACUUUUGAAAGAGUCUCAGUCUCCUGAUACUGCGACACAGAGAGCUGUUCAACAAAAACUGGAAGAACUCAAUAAAUAUCCGGACUUCAACAAUUAUCUGAUAUUUGUAUUAACAAAGCUAACUUCAGAAGAUGAACCAACUCGCUCAUUGAGUGGGUUGAUACUGAAAAAUAAUGUCAAAGCACAUUUUCAUCAAUUUCCUCCUGAAGUGACAGAGUUUAUAAAGUCGGAGUGCUUGAAUAGUGUCGGUGAUCCGUCUCCUCUUAUACGAGCUACUAUUGGAAUUCUUAUUACUACUAUAGCAUCAAAAGGCGAGCUUACAAAUUGGGUCGAUUUACUGCCACGUUUAUGCCAUUUACUCGACUCUGAAGACUACAAUGUUUGUGAGGGUUCUUUUGGAGCUCUUCAAAAAAUUUGUGAAGAUUCUGCUGAAUUCUUGGACUCAGAUGCUUUAAAUAGGCCUUUAAAUAUUUUAAUACCAAAGUUUUUACAAUUUUUUAGGCAUACUAGUCCUAAAAUUCGUUCUCAUGCUAUAGCUUGUGUUAAUCAAUUUAUUAUAAAUAGGACACAAGUACUGAUGCUGCAUAUUGAUGCAUUUUUAGAGAAUUUAUUUCAUUUGGCUUCUGAUGAAGAUCCAGAGGUUCGAAAAAAUGUUUGCCGAGCUCUUGUUAUGCUAUUGGAAGUUCGAAUGGACAGAUUGAUACCACAUAUGCAUCAUAUUAUAGAAUAUAUGUUAAUGAGAACACAAGACUUAGAUGAAGGCGUUGCAUUGGAAGCCUGUGAGUUCUGGUUGUCGUUAGCGGAUGAACCUAUCUGUAAAGAAGCCUUGUCUCCUCAUUUGCAAAGACUCAUUCCAACCUUAGUGAGAGGCAUGAAAUACUCUGAGCUUGACAUUAUUUUGCUCAAAGGUGAUGUGGAGCAGGAUGAAAUGAUUCCAGACAGAGAAGAAGACAUACGACCAAGGUUUCAUAAAUCAAAAACGCAUAGUCAAAAGCAUAUGGAUGAUAAUGCAGAGAAUGACACUGAGUCAGAUGAUGGACUGGAUGAUGAUUCAUCUUUAUCUGAUUGGAAUUUGAGAAAGUGUUCUGCUGCUGCUUUAGAUGUACUAGCUAGUGUAUUCCAUGAGGAUCUACUUGUAGUUUUGUUACCUAUAUUGAAAGAAACUUUAUUCCAUCAGGAUUGGGAGAUUAAAGAAUCAGGCAUAUUAGCAUUAGGUGCUAUAGCUGAAGGCUGUAUGAAUGGAAUGAUACCUCAUCUUCCUGAACUUAUUCCAUAUUUAAUAACAUGCUUGUCAGACAAGAAAGCACUUGUUCGUUCUAUCACUUGUUGGACAUUAAGUCGUUAUUCCCACUGGGUUGUUGGACAGUCUCAUGAUUCUUACCUGAAACCACUUAUGACUGAGCUUCUGAAGCGAGUUUUGGAUGCCAAUAAAAGAGUUCAAGAAGCUGCAUGUAGUGCUUUUGCUACAUUAGAAGAGGAAGCAUGCACAGAGCUUGUGCCAUACCUUGCAUUUAUCCUAGAAACACUUGUCUUUGCUUUCAGCAAGUAUCAGCACAAAAAUCUUCUAAUAUUAUAUGAUGCUAUCGGUACUUUAGCAGAUUCGGUUGGACAUCAUUUGAACAAGCAAGAGUAUAUUGGGAUGCUAAUGCCACCUCUGAUUGAAAAAUGGAAUUACUUGAAGGAUGAUGACAAGGAUCUUUUUCCAUUGUUGGAGUGCUUAUCAAGUGUGGCUACAGCUUUGCAGUCUGGUUUUCUUCCUUAUUGCGAACCAGUUUUCCGACGAUGUCUUAGUUUAGUUGAGCAAACUUUAAAUCAAACUAUGGCAAACGUUUCAAAUCCGGAGCAAUUUGAAGCUCCAGAUAAAGACUUCAUGAUUGUUGCACUGGAUUUGCUUAGUGGUUUAGCUGAAGGACUAAAUGGCCACAUAGAAGCGCUAGUCAUGUCAAGUAAUAUAAUGCAACUUUUGUACCAGUGCAUGCAGGAUCCAAUGCCAGAGGUGCGACAAAGCUCAUUUGCUUUAUUGGGCGAUCUAACAAAAGCGUGCUUUCAGCAUGUUAGUCCUUGUAUACAGGACUUUUUACCAAUAUUGGGCCAGAAUUUAAAUCCAGAUUUUAUCUCAGUUUGUAAUAAUGCAACUUGGGCAAUAGGAGAAAUAUCUGUGAAGUUGGGUAAGCAAGGGCAAGAUAUGAAGCCAUAUAUACCAAUGGUGUUAACGCAAUUGAUAAGUAUCAUUAAUCGCCCUAACACUCCAAAAACAUUACUUGAAAAUACAGCCAUAACAAUUGGGCGCCUUGGUUAUGUAUGCCCUGAAGAAGUUGCCCCUAUGUUACAGCAGUUUAUUCGCCCCUGGUGUCAGUCUCUUCGUAAUAUUCGUGACAAUGAAGAAAAAGAUUCCGCAUUUCGGGGUAUCUGCAGUAUGAUAAGUGUGAAUCCUGGUGGAGUUGUUACAGAUUUCAUUUUCUUUUGUGAUGCUGUUGCUUCUUGGGUUAGUCCUAAGCCGGACUUGAAACAUAUGUUUCAUGAGAUUUUGCAUGGGUUUAAGAAUCAAGUUGGUGAUGAAAAUUGGACUAGAUUUUCUGAUCAGUUUCCUCCUCCUUUAAAAGAACGUUUAAGUGUUAGCUAUGGCGUUUGAGAGAAGUCUAGACUUUGAGCUUGCAUUCACAUCUUGAAUGUUGACAAAAUCUAAGAGAAGGAGAGAAAAUUCUUUUGGGAGAAUGGACUUCUUUGUUUGACCCUGGUAUCAAAUAUCUUGAUAUGCUCUCCAUCUGUUAAGAAUAAUGACAUAGAAAUUGUACAAUAUUUUUACUGCCUAAUUGUUCAGCAUUUGUUGUUGGAAUCUAAGAAGGACAUGUUUGAAGUUAUGUGCUACAUUGCCAUUUUCCCCAAAGCUCGUUUCUGUGAGGAUAUUUUUUUGAAGGAGAAUUGAUUUCGGGAAAAUUUGGCUGCUGCAAUUAUGUAAUCGGAGAAAUUGUAAUUACCCGAUAUUGCAGAAAUGUUUAAUAUAAUUAUCAUAUUUAAUAUAUUUUUUGCUCUAAAUGUUUUUGCUGAAAAUAUGUGCAGUAGAAACAUGCCAGAAGAAAAAUAAUUUGACUCUUAUCUUUUGGUACUCUUUAUAAUCUGCCAACUCUUUGUUCCAGUUCAGUUAUUAAAAAGUACAUAUUUGAGAUCUGCAAGUUAAAGUGCAUCCAUCACUAAACACUAAGUUUUUUAAUUUAUGUAUCUGGUUUUAAUUAGAAGUUUCUAUGUUGUAGUUGGUAAACGUUCAACUGAAGAACUAAAGAAAUUUUUUUGAUCAUUUUUUUAUCAUUUGAAAUGUGUGACAUGUACACUGAAUGAGAAGAAAAAAGCCCAAUACUGUUUCCUUUCCUUUUUUCUGUGUGAAUCCUAUAUUUGUGAGAGUUGUAAAAGUGCCUUAUUGUUACCCUUUAAACUUCCCAAAGUUUCAGGUAAGAAAAACAAAAAUGGGAGGGUUUUGGGGUUGGGAGUUUUGCGAUAAACUAUUUUUAAAGUGGAAUGUAUGAAACAAUCCAAUGAUAUUCAUCAUGAAACUUCUUAGGAGUACAAAAGUGAUAUUAGUCUUUCAUUGGUCAUAUUAAACUUCAUCAUCAAGAGUCAAACAUUGCGUAAUACCUCGCGAGGCAGCUUUCAAAAAGCAUAGCUUGUACUUAUAAUGUAAAGUAAUUGAACACACGGGUUGUAGAAUAAUCACUGUUCCUGCCUUUUCAGAUUUAACUUGUAUUAUAGCAGCAUUUUCUAUUGCGACGUGUUAAUAUUAAAAUUAUAAACUGUGAAGGAACAGUGAAAAGCUGCUGAGAAGGAAAUUUUUAACUUUUUAAAAGAAUUGUUAUAAAUUUAUUUUAUUUCAUUUUUAUUUUUCAUUCUUGUAUUAAAUCAUGUUUGUAUUUAGAAGUUAUUAGUUUUUCUAAGAAUCAGUGUAUAUAGCCAUAAAAGUUAAAUGUUAAAAUGCAUUGGUUAUUUUAUCUAUUCUCAGCAGCUGCUAAUUUAUUAUAGUUGUUAAUUUUUAAAGCUGAACGGAGAAAAAGAGGGAAUAAUGUUUUUUAUUGUUAAGGAAUAAGAAUUUGUGAUAAUAUUCUGAAUUUCUGUACUCUUAAAUGUAUCUAUUUGUAAAAGUGAUAGGACGCGUGGGAGGGCCAGAAUGUAGGGUGGGUAUUAACUCAUUAACUUGAUAAAGGUGACCCUUGUGUGUUGUGUUUUGCUUGUGUGGUUGUAUGUAUGGAGAUCUUUAUUGUAGGUGUGUAUGCUAUCUUUCACAUUUAAACAGAUAAUUCAAUCUUGUUUUUUUUCUUUCUAUGUUAAUGUUAAACCUUCUCUUCAUGUUUUGUUCUUGAGUGUUGCAAUCCAACAAUGUAACGAUAGACUUAAUUUGAAUUCCAAAUUGUUACUUCUGAUGUGCAUUUUAGAUUAUUGUAACUUAAAUGUUUUGUUCGAUAUCUCAUGAAAAGCAAGUUCAAUGUAAAUGCCAUAGAAUGUAUAUUUGACAAAGAAAUACAGCAUAAAUUUUGUUAAAUAUAAAUGCUCUUAAAAAUUGUUUUUUGCGAGUUACUUUUUUGUAAAAUGUUAUAAAAUUUUAUUGUAACAUGUAGUAAUAUGUUUAAAAAAUGUUCUAAAUAUGUGUGUCUUUUUUUUUUUUUUUUUGUUUUUUGUUUUAUUUUGUUCUAAUUAAAAUCUAAAAUGUAUAUAUAUGUUAAAAAAUGAUAUUUUUAUUUUAUUUUUUUAUACACUAUUUUUGAAUUUUUGCUCAAAAAAUAUUUAAUUUAAUAGGAAUUCUGGUUCAAAUUUCAUUCUAGUUGCGUUUUGUGUUCGAAGAUCUGAUUUAAUGCAUUACUUGCCAAUUUUUACUCUGAUCACAGAGAAAUUGUUAAGAUAUCGUAACACAAUAGCAUAUCAGUUGUGAAUUGUCUAUUCAAAAAUAAAUUGGGUGAUCAGUGAAAAAAUAACUGCAUGGUGUUACAGGAUUCGUACAACCUCUUUGUUUUUAGGGAGAAAAUUUAGACUCUUUCAAUUUUUGAAUUCGCAGAAACCCUUGGUGUCACAGUUAGCAUAUUUUCAUUAACGAAUAGAGUUUAAUACUGUGUAAAAUGUUAUUUUAGCUUAAUCACUAUCAUGAAGAAAAGGCUCUUUCUACCAUUAUGUCUGAAGGUUAAAUAAAAUACUCUGUCCUAGUAAAUGAAGACCAUUUAAAAAUUCAUCUUUGACAUUUGUUCAGUGUUUUGAAGUUUCACUGCAUUUGUAGAAAGAUGCAUUGAAGCAUCUUAGUAUUUGUGGGUGAUACAUAUUUUAUCUUACUGAAUGAUUUAUGCAAGAUUUGUCGUACUCAUUUUAAUGUGUUUCAGUUUGGUUUGCUCUGAGUCGAAUUUUUGAAAUUAGCUCACAAAUUUUCACUGCGUCAAUUGUUUGAGAAUUUGCAUAUCUGCAAUUUGGCAUUUCUAGCACAUUCCAUGCAGUCUAGCUUUUACUGUAAAUGAAACCAAAAAUUAACCAUUAGAUACUAUGAAUUGCAUCAGUUUAUGUACUUUUUCCCCUUUUGAAUUUGGUGAAUUGAACUGAAAUCAGGGAAUAGUACAAAUUUCAUCUACUGUUUAUAAUUUUUUAUUUUUGGGUUUGCCUGUGGUAUAAAUCAAUUCUCUGUUCAUACAUUUCAAAUUUUUAAUACAAAAUUUCCCAAUGCAUAAGCAUAUACCACAUUUUCAACUUUUAUUUUUGUCACUUUAGAACUUGGUUUUUAUCUCUGCGAAUAAGUACGAAUCCUGUAUUAGUCGCAGGCGAUAUUCAACUUUUCUUUUUCAUCCUGUAAUGAAUCACUUUGUGUUUUAAUCCAAAAUUAAGAAUAAUUAAUAUGUUGUUUAGAUAAUUUAGGAAAAUAUUUAAAACAAAUUUCAUUACAUAUAAAUAAUUUAUUUCCAAAAUAUCUUUCUAUAAAAUUAUAUACUUUUCACCUGUAAAAGUGCACUCAUAGUUCAAAUUAGUUUAUAUGACACUAGUUUAAAUUUUUCUGUUUUUUUCUUCAAAAAUUGAAUUGUUUUAAAAUAGAUUGAUUUUUCCAAGCAAUACAUUAUUGCUUGCAUAUACAAUUUGCAGCAUAUGCAUUUUAAUGGUAGUGACAGAAGAGAUAUGUCUUUACAUUUUGCUAGGAAUGAAGUUUGAAAUAUUAAAACUAAAAUGAAACACCUUAGCAGCUUUAUAUAUACAUUUGUGUAUAUAAGUUUUUUUUUUGAUCUUAUUCUAUGCUUUGAACUUACUUUCUCACUCUUAAAAUUAAACAAUUCAGUUAAUUUUUAAAUGAACAUUAUUUUCAUCCAUUUAAAAAGAAAAUGCAUUUUAUAGUUAGCUUGAAAGUAUGAAACUAAACUUCAUAGUACAUUUACUUGAAGGUUUUAAAAAACAUAUAUUUACCCCAUUGUUUUUUCCUCCCUAAGCAAUACUAAUGUGCUAGCAAUGUUUUUGCAAAUAACUAAUAGCUUUUAUACAUGUUCCAGUCACCUAGCAGGUAUAAAAAGGUACUUACAGUAUGAUUAAAGUUCCUUUAUUUAUGUUAAAUUAUUUCUGAAUCUGUUUUCCACCUUGUGUUGUUUUUCCUUCACUUGUUAAGUGCAAUUUUUUUUUCUUUUUUGCGUUAAGUCAUUAACUAUGAUUAAGUUAAAGUGAACAUGAAAUGACUUUUAAUUGUAAAGAUUUUUUAUAUAUAGAAUUAUCAUUCACACAUUAUUUUUUUAUCAUUUUUUAAAGCUGUGAUUUUUCUUAACUUUUUGUACAAUUGUGUAUUGUUUUAUUUUUUUAAUUUAGUAGUUUUCGCGUUGUUGAUUUCUGUGUAGACAAAGAUUCAUGUUAGGUGAAGAUUGCAUCAUGGUCUGACAAAAGAAUUAUUUUUAUGUGGUGCCAAAUUAUAAUUCAUUUUAAAGCUUUAAAUUUAGAGAAGUUAAACUUUUUUUCUUUUUCUCUUGUGGAUAAAUUAUAAUUCCAGACUGUAACACAAUGGUAGCAUUCUUCUUUUGUGUCAGGUGAUACACAUUUUGGUGCAUUAUUUAGGUCCUAGUCAGAUUUUUAUUUAACUAUUACUGCCACAAAUGAUUAAGUUUAAUGCACUUGUAAAGUGAUAUGAAAUGAAAUUUUUUUUUUAGUAGAAAAUUCGUAGUGAAGUUAUAUAAAAAAAUCCUAGUUGUUAUACCCAAUAGUGAGUUUCUUAAAUCUGUUUUGUUUUGUAACAACUGUCGUCAAAAUGUGCAGUACUUAAUGUAAGAAUAAUUUUUAAGAAAUGAUGUUUGAUUGUAUACUUGUAUUAGUCUCAAUAUCGACAUGCUUUUAACUUUGUACCUUUGGUAAAUUUAAAUUGCUCAAACAUUUUGAUGUCUCAGAAUCUUGAACUUUGCUUAGCUUAAUGUAAUUUUUUUUUCCCUGCCAUAUUGAUGUGUAGUGCUGUUGAUUAACUGUUCAUUCUAUGAUUUGAUUAAAUCCCAUAAAAAUUCCUUUACAUAUAAAAACCAGUAAUUUGUGCCAUUUGUUUUUUAAUUUCUCUAAUUUCUGAUACAACUUCAAAGCCAAGUAUUGGGAUCAUAUAUUUUCAUUCCCCUUUGAAAACUAUUCCCCUCCCCCAUAUUUUCAGUUACUUCAGUGGGUAAAAAUUUGUAUCUUUUUGCUCAUUUAUGCUGAAUAAAUCUGGUGCACGA